ACCUGCCAGCGGAGUUUAAAGUUUCCGAGGCUUAGAGGAACACAAUGACUUGGAUCAAACAGCCUAAAUGGGAAGAAGGGCAUUUUUGCUGCAUCAAGGAAGCCGUUCAACUCCUGCUAAGCGAACCAGCUCUUUUUUAUGCGUCCAUGCACAGGACCGAAUUCCUCCUUCACUGACCAGAGAUUAUUUCUGACAAUCCAGGAUAUCCCGAAAACCUGGAGACAUAUGGCUGGAAAAUGAAACGACCCAGGACAUCGUUUCUAGCUGCAUUAUUAUUUUGUGUAGCGUAGUACCAGAUGGGCAGUCAGUGAACGGCGCAGGGAUGUGAACGGACGGUUUUAUAAUGUGAAAUUUUUCCCCUGGUAAAACUAAAACAGAUUUCAUUUCCCUCUCUUUUCUUUCAGUACUUGCUUCCCCCCUCCCCCCCACCCUCUGCAAUAUCAGUGAACUCAACUUUGCAGUGAGGUGACCAAAAAGAAAGAGAAUGAGGCGGUCUAGAUCAUCUUAGUGUCAGAGGAGUUGCGGCAGCCGGGGAACUGCAGCUGCGACCCCCGCGUCCUGUGCGGAUUUCAGGGCUGACACCGCGCGCGGGUGGUCAUGGAGAGGACGGUGCACCGGAGCCACGGAGGAUAGAGACCCUGGCGCCCGGAGAGCUCUGCUGAUCUCGCCGCAGCCUUCGAGGCCGUCGCUGCCUCUCCUCUGCUUCGUUUUAUUGCCAUUAUCGCCAUUCUCGAAAAGUCAUGGAAGACAGCCCGCUGCCAGACCUCAGAGACAUCGAGCUGAAGCUGGGGCGCAAAGUACCUGAGAGCCUAGUGCGCUCUCUCCGAGGGGAGGAGCAGGUUCCCAGGGAAAGAGACACGGACACCCGCGGAGGGAGCGGUGGAGGCGGCGGCGGCUGCAGUAGCAGCAGCAGCUGCUGCAGCUUCCCUCCCUCCUUGUCGUCCUCCUCUUCGUCCUCCCCAACCUCUGGCUCCCCACGAGGUAGCCACUCCAGCGCCCUGGAGAAGCUAGAAACCAAGCUACACCUCCUCAGGCAAGAGAUGGUUAACCUCAGAGCCACAGAUGUCAAGCUCAUGCGCCAGUUGCUCGUAAUCAAUGAGAGCAUCGAGUCCAUCAAGUGGAUGAUCGAGGAGAAAGCCACCAUUACCAGCAGAGGCAGCAGCCUCAGUGGCAGCCUGUGUAGUUUGUUGGAGAGUCAGAGCACCUCGUUACAUGGUAGCUACAACAGCCUACAUGAUGGCAGUGAUGGGCUGGAUGGCAUUUCCGUGGGAAGUUAUCUGGACACAUUGGCAGAUGAUGUCCCAGGCCACCAGACUCCUUCAGACUUGGACCAAUUCAGUGACAGCUCCCUAAUAGAGGACUCACAGGCACUACACAAGCGUCACAAAUUGGAUUCUGAAUACUACUGUUUUGGCUAGUGACACAGUUUUUUGCAUGGGACUGGUGUGCAAUUAACCUGUAUUUAUCCUUCUUCUCCGCUGCUAUAUUUUUGGUGUGAUUUUUAUUUUAAUAAGAUGAUCUUUUUAAAAUAAGCUGAUUUUGAAACUGCUUAAUGGUAUUUCUGUUGCUCCUAAUACCUCUCAUCUGAACUGAUUUUUCUCUGUUACAUCUCUAUUUUUUAUUUAUUACAAUGAUUUUCUCCCUUCUUUUACAGUGGCACAAACAAAGUAGGGGGAAGAGAAUAAGCAAUAAUUAUGUUUUUGCUUUAGUUUUCAGAGCAAUGGGUCAGGGACUAAAAGAAAAACUUUGCUAAAUUUUACAAUAAACCAAAAUCUGAUUAACAGUAAUUUUGUCACUUGUGUUCUUAAAUGAUUUAAGGUUUCAUCUUCCAGAAGAUACUGAGAUAUAUUACUGUUGGCAUAUCAGGUUAAAGAAAAUGCUUGGAAAAAAAUUAAGCAUUAUUUCUAGGCCACAACAUUCUAGUGUAUAAUAAAUGCUGUUAGUCACAUCUGCCUGCAUGACAGUCAUCCGAAAGUCCCCAACUAUAUACAAUCUGUUCAACCAACUCACCCUUGUGUUGGCACUUUGGAUUAACAUUUUGUCAUCAGUGAUUCUAGCUUAAAUCAUCUAUUUAUUUGUGUAAUAAUAUGUAUUACUCUCUCAAAUUUCAAAGAAUAAUUAAGUAUGGAGGCCAUUCAAGGCAAAAAUGUCCUAAAUUUAAUUGCAUAUUGAGAUUUUGCUGGUAAAUACUUUUUUGCAUUUUGCAAUUCUAAUAGAAUGUAUAGCUACUUAGAUGCAUACAAGCAGAUGGAUAGAAAGAUAGAUAAAUAUCCCUAUAGUAGGGAAGCAGAAUUGUUAUUCAUUUACGAAGUCCAAUAUGAUAUUUAUUCAUCCUAAUAAAUAAAUGAUAUCUCAGUUUCUGAAAUGGAAUAUUGUAACUCACAUAGAGAGUGGACUUUUAGUUUUAAUAUAAUGUUAUUAAUCCUCUGCAUUUCUUUUACCUUGAUAACUCCUAGUGAGGGAAUCUAAUUAAGAUUUCACGCUGUUCUUUGUAAUGAUAAAUGUUUCUGGACUAAACACUGUAUAAUACAAAUCAAAAAGUCUUCCUUCUUACAACUGAGAAAUGUCCUUACCCAAAAAAUGUUUCACCCAAAUUUCCUUUGUCAUUAUAUACUUAUUACACUUCUUGAAUUUAUUUUUUGUUUCCAAGGCAUAUAUUAUUCAAUUUCCAAUUAAAAUAUAUCAGGGCUU